AUGCGUUUCGUCCUCGUCCCCAUCUCAACCAAACGAGCCUUCAUCUACUGUCGCUCGCCCAAAACCAUAAAGAUCGGAUACGUCGACCGCGUGACGAACAAAGCUGCCGAGCUAUGGGCUAGCUGGGAAAAGGCGGAGAAAGGCUGGAAGAAACAACUCGUCAGCUACGGACAUGUCAUUUUGCAGAGAAUUCCAUAUGAGGAAUGGGGGCUGAAAAGUAUUCCCCCGCUGAAUGAGAGUCGACAGAUUCAAGAAGCGCGGCAGAAACAGAAGAUUGACGUGAUGUUUCCCAAAAAUGCGAUCAAGUGUGAGGAUGUAUUUGGUAUUUUGAGGAAACUGGGCACAGAACGGCAGGAAUUACAUCGAAGGAAGAUGUGGUGGUGUCUAGGAAUUGCACCUUUUACUGCGCCUAUUGCAAUCAUUCCACUUGUUCCGAAUAUUCCAUUCUUCUAUCUUGCAUAUCGAGCCUGGUCGCAUUGGCGAGCCUGGAGCGGUUCAAAACAUCUUAUCCACCUUCUCGAUCUCAACUUGAUUAACCCGCAUGCAUUCCCCGAAUUGGAGAGCUUUUACGCAACUCGAUUAUCGAAAAAUGGUGUCUCAGGCCACCAGACUACCAAUGAAAAUACUGAGAAGGAUACGACUGUCCCUAAAGAUGAGGCACCCACCGAGGAACGACUACUCUUGGAUAUGAAGGAUGGCGAAGAACUUGGCAAGAUCCUGGAAACUCCAGCAAUUGCGAUUGAAGUCGAGCGUGCUGUUCUGCAAGUUAGGCAGAAGCUGAAGCUCGAUGAAGAAAAACGGCAAGAAAAGAACAACCAAUAG